AACUAUUUCCGACAGGAGCCGGAAGACCAUCCCGGAUGGCGCCGGGGGUGGCCUGCUGGUGGAGGUGAGCGUGGGGCCGCCCGCCUUCCCGCGCCCGCGGGUCGCCUCAUGCUGCGGGCCGCGGCCGCCAGUCCCCGCUCGGAUCGGCGGCGCUGAGGCGCCCGGGCCGAGUGCACCAUGUCGUCGGGUCUCCGCGCGGCCGACUUCCCCCGCUGGAAGCGCCACAUCUCGGAGGAGCUGAGGCGCCGGGACCGGCUGCAGAGGCAGGCGUUCGAGGAGAUCAUCCUGCAGUAUAACAGGUUGCUGGAAAAGUCAGAUCUUCACUCAGUGCUGGCCCAGAAGCUACAAGCAGAAAAGCCGGACAUACCCAACAGGCAUGAGAUAAGUCCCGGACAUGAUGGUGCAUGGAAUGAUGGCCAGCUACAGGAAAUGGCCCACCUGAAGAUGAAACACCAGGAAGAACUGACUGAGUUGCACAAGAAACGUGGGGAGUUAGCUCAGUUGGUGAUUGACCUGAAUAACCAAAUGCAGCAGAAGGACAGGGAGAUGCAGAUGAAUGAAGCAAAAAUUGCAGAAUGCUUGCAGACUAUCUCUGAUCUGGAGACAGAGUGCCAAGAACUACGCAGUAAACUGCAGGACCUGGAGAGAGCCAACCAGACCCUGAAGGAUGAAUAUGAUGCCCUGCAGAUCACUUUUACUGCCUUGGAGGAGAAACUGAGGAAAACUUCGGAGGAGAACCAGGAGCUGGUCACCAGGUGGAUGGCCGAGAAAGCGCAGGAAGCCAAUCGCCUCAAUGCAGAGAAUGAAAAGGAUUCAAGGCGGCGGCAAGCCCGACUGCAAAAAGAGCUUGCAGAAGCAGCGAAAGAACCUCUACCAGUUGAACAGGAUGAUGACAUUGAAGUCAUUGUGGAUGAGACCUCUGAUCACACUGAAGAGACCUCUCCCAUGCGAGCCAUCAGCAGAGCAGCCACUAAGCGACUCUCGCAGCCUGCUGGAGGCCUUCUGGAUUCUAUCACUAAUAUCUUUGGUCUGUCCGACUCUCCCAUUUUGGGACAUCACUCUUCUUCUGAUGCUGCCAGGAGGCGCUCUGUCUCUUCCUUUCCGGUACCUCAUGACAAUGCGGAUACUCAUCCUGGUUCUAGUAAAGAAGUGAGAGUCCCAACAACUGCAGUGUGUGUCUUUGAUGCUCAUGACGGGGAAGUCAACGCUGUGCAGUUCAGUCCCGGAUCCCGGCUGUUGGCCACGGGUGGCAUGGAUCGGAGGGUUAAGCUUUGGGAAGUGUCCGGAGACAAGUGUGAGUUCAAGGGUUCCCUCUCUGGCAGUAACGCAGGAAUUACAAGCAUUGAAUUUGAUAGUGCUGGAUCUUACCUCUUAGCAGCUUCAAACGAUUUUGCAAGCCGAAUCUGGACCGUGGAUGAUUAUCGGUUACGGCACACACUCACGGGACACAGUGGCAAAGUGCUCUCUGCCAAGUUCCUGCUGGACAAUGCGCGUAUUGUUUCUGGAAGUCAUGACCGGACCCUCAAACUCUGGGAUCUGCGCAGCAAAGUCUGCAUAAAGACAGUGUUUGCGGGAUCCAGCUGCAACGAUAUUGUCUGCACAGAGCAGUGUGUAAUGAGUGGACAUUUUGACAAGAAAAUUCGUUUCUGGGACAUCCGGUCAGAGACUAUCAUCCGAGAGAUGGAGCUGUUGGGGAAGAUUACUGCCCUGGACUUAAACCCAGAAAGAACUGAACUCCUAAGCUGCUCCCGUGAUGACCUGCUAAAAAUUAUCGAUCUCCGAAUAAAUGCUGUCAGACAGACAUUUAGUGCUCCUGGGUUCAAGUGUGGCUCUGACUGGACGAGAGUCGUGUUCAGCCCUGAUGGCAGUUAUGUGGCAGCAGGCUCCGCGGAGGGCUCUCUCUACGUCUGGAGUGUGCUCUCUGGGAAAGUGGAGAAGGUCCUUUCAAAGCAUCAUGGCUCGUCCAUCAAUGCGGUGGCAUGGUCCCCCUCCGGCUCCCACAUCGUCAGUGUGGACAAGGGAAGCAAAGCUGUGCUGUGGUCAGAAUACUGACGGUGUCUCCUCAGGAGAGAGCGGAUCCGAAGCCGGAGAAGCACUCAGGCCGCAGCUCUGUCCUGGCAGGUGGCGUGUGGGGUGUAGCUUUGACCUCCAGAGAAGAGCCAGCCAGGCGACUUUCCUUUGAGCAGGACUUCUGAGGAUUUGGGCUGCAGUCUCUAAUGACCUGGAGGAAUGACGCUGCCUCUGCAGCCACUUAGCAGAGGUGGGUCGCUGCCUCCAUUCUGUGGGAAACACUACUAGCUCUGACCGUCCAUACCUCAGCGGGGCAGGCAGCACAGGCAGUGCCAACAGCACCCCACAUGUGUGUGGGGGGUGGGGGGUCCUCCCGCUUAUUUCUUCCUUCAGAGUCAGUUCUGGCCAACGCAUGUCCUGUCGCCUUGGAUCAUUUUCCUGGUGAACUUGCUUUAAUCAUUGGAUUAACAGAUACCCAAACAGGAUUACCCCUGUCCUCAGGUAGCCCACAGGGACUGCCCUGGUUUCCAAGGAGACAUGGGACUGCCGCCCUCCCUGCUGGUUCGUAUCAUUAUUCCGAAGCUCUUAGUGUGAUCUCCUGAUUACGGUUGGCAUUUUCUUAGGUCUCCUAAACAAAUCUUGGGAAGUAACUGUUCUUCAAAGCUCCUGAUUCUACAUAUCUAUUUAUUGGUCAAAACAUAAACCGCAACUUGGUUACAAAAUAUUUUUUUGAGAGGAAGUGCAAAAACCUUUUUUUCCAGAGAAGUGUGUGUGUGCUGCAGGAGUAGGUGUCUUCCUAGACCCAUCUGUCCCUUCCAAGAAAGUGGGUGCAUGCCACGGUCUUUGGGUACAGCUGCUGGGACUCGGGUGUAUCUCUGGAGCCAGCAGCUCCAGGUCACUGCCACUGUGCCAAGCCCAUGUGCAGUGCCCUCAGUGCUGGAGCACAGGAAGCCCAUUCCAGGAGGCGGGAAAUGAAUAUCACCUUCCGUUUCAGGAGCUGUGAUUGAGGUCAGGGAAACUGGCCUGGGGCAUUUUUUUUUUUAAACAUUUCUUUCCCAUUUUCCUUGUGUAUAAAAUUUUGGUUCCUCGAGUGACUGAAACACCAAUAUUUUUAUCACUUUCUAAUUUGCACUUUAUUUGUUUCCUCCCAUACUUGCUCUCUGGACAGAUGUUGGUGUGAGUGCUGGAGCCUGGUGAGGGGUGGGGGAUGAGGAGUGCCUUUCCUCCUACAGGGCAGAACUCCCCUUCCCUCUUGCCCACCUUCAUCUUCUCUUUUCUGUUCAGAGAGCUCGAGUUGAGGGGAGUUGAAAUUCACAGGCCAGGGCACAUCUUUUAUUUAUUUAACUGUGUUGCCCAACAGAACUUGAUUGUAAAUAAAAAAGAAAUCUGUUAUAUACUUUUCAAA